AUGGUCACAGACGUCAAUUGCCGGUUGGCGCGGGACAUCUGCAGUUUGUUCAAUGUGACUGAGUUCCCAGCCAUCAUGUAUGGCAGUCCCUAUGGUUUGCAGCAGUACGACAAACCGCUGUCUGAAUUAUCCAGCUUUGCAGAGGCGCUGAGCGAAACUUGCUCCCCGGAGCGGCCUGAUCUAUGCUCUGAACGUUUGCAGAAGCAGCUGGAAGUACUGUCUGGAUCAAGCUUGGAGGAUCUGAAAUCGCAGCUUGAGGAGAACAAAGCCAGACAGCAAGACCUCAUCAGC